AUGUUUGAUGGCUUACAGUCUGAAAAAAACUACUAUUUUAAAAAUGAAUUAGAUGGUUUUAAUUGUUCCACCCAAACAUAUAUUUCUGAAUCGGACACAUCAAACAGAAUCAAUUCGUUUCCAAUAUUUUCUGUACCUGAUCCAAAACCGUGUAACUGUGUUAAAUCUCACUGUCUUAAACUAUACUGCGAAUGUUUUGCUCGAGGAAGUCAUUGUGAUAACUGUAACUGUACAAACUGUAUGAACAACUGUUCACAUGAAGAAGACCGCAUAAAAGCUGUAAAACUCACUUUGGAAAGAAAUCCGUCGGCAUUUCAUCUAAAGACUGGUGAUGGAGAGAACAGGCAUUUUAAAGGAUGUAUGUGCAAGAAAUCUCGUUGUUUGAAAAACUAUUGCGAGUGCUAUGAGGCAAAAGUUAAGUGUUCGAAUUUGUGCCGAUGUCAAGGGUGUCAAAACACUGAAGAUCGAAGGCAGAGACAUUCUCAAAAAGAACAUGUUCAUGCCAUACAUGAAAAUACCCAUCCGAAAAAAAAAUCAACUUACUUGCACAUUCAAGAUCCAGCUAGUCAAAAACAGAAUCAAAUGCAACUACCGCAGAUUAACCAGGUUUUUGACCGGACAUUAAAUCCAUCUAUAUCGGACCUACAAUAUAGUCAUUUUUACAGAAAUUCAUCCUUACUGUCAACGUUUUUUACACUUGAAGUAGCUGAAGCUGCCUGUAGCUGCAUAUUAGCUCAACUCAGAGAAGCCAAUCAUAAGAAUCUCCCCCUGUUUGUUCAGGAGAAAGUGAUCAUUGAAGAGUUCGGAAGAUGCUUAAUACAAAUACUAGAAUCAUUCAAUGGGGUUCAUCAAAGUUAUUAUGGUCAAGCUGGAAAUUCAAAUGCUUUUCAGCCAGAACCUUGUAUUUUUCCAACAAGUCCUUAUUUACCUAGCAAUAUAGAUUCUCGUUUAGCGGGUAAUGACAAAUCUUAUAUUCAGUUACAUGAAACGGAAACAAUAUUGCACUCAAAUGUUCAAAAUAGUGAUAGCACUGAAGAACCCAAGCUAGUAAAUCCAAUGGAAAGUAUUUUGGAGAAUUGCCCUAACAGAUGUGAAUACUUAACAAAAACAUAUGAAGAGGAUGAAGAAACGUAUACAGCUACAGCUGCUUUACUCAACUCUUCUCUAUGUUGUUAUCAAAAUCCAUCUAUUUUUUCAGCUGAAGUUAACCUUAGUGAAGUAACUGAUACAAAAGAAAAUAAUUUUUUAUACUUAGAUAAUGUCCCAUCAAACAUUGUUUAUAAUGAUAGCUUUAUCAAAAGAACUGCUUUAGAUAACAGACAUUCAUCGUCCAUUCUUGAUCCGCAGGAAGUUCAGGAAGCUGCUUAUGGCUUUGGUUAUAGUCCGGAAUUUGGCAUUUGUAGUUUAUAA